GUCAAAAUUAGAGAAAAUAAGAAACGUAACCUAUAAUUUUUUUUUAAUUAAAUAUAUAAAUAUUUUUUUCCAAAAUGAAACGUUGCUUUCAAAAUAUAUCAAAUGAAACAGACACUGAAGAAGCACCAAAAAAUAAAGUUGUACUUGUGGAAAGAGAACCAGAACCUGGGGGAAUAGCUUUAGUAAAUCCCUUACGAACUUCUAAAAAAACACACCUGGAGUUAAUGGAGUUAGGGGAAAGUCUUCAUACUAGUGAAUCGUUCAUUCAAGCCAAUGCUAAAAACAAAUUGGAUAUAAUAGGUAAACAGAUGAAAAAUUUACAUGUCCUUAUGAACGAAGUUGUAAAUGAAACGAAAUUACAUAAUGACCUCAACAACGCAGCUUGCAAUUUUGUAAAAAAACCUGGGCACGUGUACCAUCUCUAUGAAAAGCCUUCUGGACAAAAAUAUUUUGGCAUGUUAUCACCACAUGAAUGGAUAAACGUACCACAUCAUUUUUUAGGCAGUUUCCGACUCGAGGUAGACUUCAGUUGGACUCCCGCAGGCCAAGAAGAAACAAGAUACGAAGGAUUAAAUUUUCUUAAGGAUAUAUACUCAAAUUCUUCAGGGAUGAAGGCUAUAUCAAACUCUGAUAGUUAACGUAACAGUAAUAAAUAAACAGAAUUUAAUUAA